AUGGACUCGACGACGCCUGGUCCGCCUGGUCCACCUGGUUUCAACCCACAUGUUAUGAGCCAACUCCAGGACCUCUCUCAGAGGGGCAGACGGAAUCAGAAUGGAAGAGGUCGUGGAAGACAACAGGCAUCUCGGCCACAACCAGCCCACCCUCAACAGUCCGCCGAUUGGUCAAAUCAACCUGAAGACUUUCCCCCACUUGGUACUCAAGUUCCACCCAAACCUUCUCGUCUUGGAGGUCCUCAUGGCCCUUCUGUAGGACCUCUUAACCAGUUCCACACAUCAAAUCACAAUAAUCUACUUAAUGCGCAUCAUGAUCCAAUUCAAUCUUUCAAUUCUACGCAGCCUCAUUCACCUCGUGAAUUCCAAGAACGAGCACGGGGAAACUUCAGAAACCAGCGUUCUAACUUCCAUUCGUACUCACAUCAAUCCCAAACCUCUGCUCCAUUACCUUUGCAGACAACUUCUUCCGUGCGGCCACCACAGUCGGGUGGACAACUGUUCAAUCCAAAUUCGGACAUGGCUUACGGCUCAAAUCAGCAUGCUCAGCGUGCUCGGCUCGUCGUCAGCAAGAAGCAGGCAGAUUACCUUCAGAGAGUCGGAUUGCAGGCUUACCAGACUCAUAGCUUAAAGAAGGAUGAGAGACUCAAGAAGGAAGCCUUUCGCCAAGAGUUAGAAAUUGUCGCGCGCGAUGCCCUUUCCGCCGCUUACCCUGGUUUGGACUUGAGCCAGAUCAAGUUGAAAUGUUUUGGCAGUCUUUCAAACGGGUUUGGUCUUGCCGACAGCGAUAUGGACCUUCUUCUUUCGUUACCCGAUUACCAGCAAGCAGAUUCUGUCCAUGAAUCCCAAUCACAAUCCGAGCAUCCACAAUCUACUUCCGGUGCCACUUCAAUCACUGAGGAACAUGGAUUCAAGGUCGAAGCUCGUCGUAUAUUGGAAAAAGCUUUCCUUGAUUGUGGAUUCGGAGCAAGAUUACUUACCAACACUCGAGUUCCUAUCCUGCGAGUAUGUUCACACCCUGGGGAAGAACUUCUCCAUAACUUGAGGGAGAAUCGUGCUGCGUGGGAGAAGACUUCAUCUUCUGGAACUGCAACCGAGGUGGGAGAUAAAGCACCCUCCACGCCUACAAUGUCAACACCAUCAAAUAGUAACGAAGCUUCGGCCGACCUUGAUUCGGUUCACAAAAACCUUGCAGAACUCAACCUAACCGAUGCGGUUCAGCCUCCACGAACUUCACGCAACAACCCCAAGUUGGAAUUCAAUGGAAACGUCGGAAUCCCCUGUGAUAUCAACUUCUCCAAUUUUGUUGCUAUUCACAAUUCCGCCCUUUUGCGAACUUACCAUGACUUUGAUUCCCGUGUGGCGGACCUGGGAUUCUUUGUCAAAGUCUGGGCAAAAGCCAGGGACAUCAAUACCCCCUAUCGUGGCACAUUGUCAAGCUAUGGCUACAUUCUCAUGGUUCUGCACUACUUGAUGAACGUUGCAAGGCCCCCAGUCAUUCCAAAUCUGCAAGCUCUUGCCAAAACUGAGGAUGGCUGGUUUCCUGAUCGCCCAGUUGAGCUUUUUGAAGGAUUUGACAUUCGCUUCCUCCGUGGCUCAAAGGAGCUUGAAGAAGUGCGUUCUACAAUGCCCAAGAACCUCGAAUCUACUGGCCAGCUUCUCCGUGGGUUCUUUCAUUAUUACGCAACACGAGAGGGCUUUCAUUGGAUGCACGACGUGAUUUCCAUUAGGGAAAGGACAGGUCGCAUGACCAAGGCACAAAAGGGAUGGACCGAAGCGAAGUGGUCACAGCAAAGUAACAGCCAAGUUCGCCUUCGCUACCUCCUUGCCAUUGAAGACCCAUUCGAAAUCGAACACAACAUCGCACGGACAGUUGGCCAUACAGGUAUUGUUGCGAUUCGUGAUGAGUUCCGUCGUGCAAACACAAUACUUGAAACACUUGGCACAGAUGUCGAGGUGCCGCUCGAUGAAUUCCUCGAACCAGUCGCGAAUCGUGGAGACACGUUGAGGAAAGACCAAGAGUUUCAUCGCCAGAAGCAGCUCCAACUCAAAGAGCAACUGGAAGCAAAGGAGAAAGGUCAGAUGCUCAAGACCAGUGACGAGAGUACUGAGGUCAAUGUUGAUGGUAUGUUGGGAAAUCCCAAUUGGGCGCAACCCCAAGGCACUGAUUUCCAUGCCAUGAAUAACCACCAACAAAGGGGCUCGAAGCUGACAGGGAAACCAUCUCAGGGAAUGGAGAAGAAGCAACGACCUCCGUGGAGCCAUCGAACGGUUCAAAUUGAAAGCGAUAGUGAAGACGAUGAUUCCAGAGAUUCGAAAACCACUCGGACUGAUAACAGCCUGCCUGAUAGCGACACAGUAUCAUUACAAGGAACCAACAGUCGGUGUUGGGUUAAUUUUAUGCACGAUGAAGAGUAUGUCGAAAAUGGGUUUGACGAAGACGGCAACAUCAUCGGCUGGGAUAUGGAUACACAGGACGGACGUUGGCUACAAUGGCGAGACAACAAGAUUCGUGCGGGGGCGAAAUUGUCAAUACAUAAAACAAAUCUUCGAGAGCUCCAUGAACAGUGUCCUUUUGAUCCCCGACGACCCAUUCAAAAGCAACCUAAUUAUCGAGAAAGACAAAAGAAAAAGCAGCUCAAGCGACCACCAUGGCCUCUUCGACCAGCCGAGCCAGAAGUGGAUUCCAGUGAUCUCUCUCAAAAGAGCCACACCAAACGCCCCCAGCCUCGUGAUCGGGUGAGCAAUCCAAGAUUCCAGUUUAUCGCCAAGGAUGAAAUGCCAUUGCCCUACAAAAAUACCUACUUACCCACCACUCCUCCGACUUCCAGCGAGCCUACGAAACAUCAAGCACCUUCCAGCCAGCCCACAAAACACCAAGCAGGCCUUCUUCGGCUUAUGAAGUCGACGACUGAAUCUGUCCCAGUCCAACGUUCCGCAUUUUUGGCGAAGCCAGAGUCACCAGUCAUUGGUAUGGAUAAGCUUAAUGAAAGAUUCUUUGGCGCAUCUUCUCAUUAUGGCGACAAUACUCUUCAGUCUUCCCAAGAGGUUGAUUCAGAGGAACGUGUAGUUGUACCAGCAACCCUCUACCCUGGAGUGAAGAGAGAGGAACGACCACGGGAGGAAGAUCCCAACAUCAUGCCUAUUCCGGAAGAUCUUGGCUUCCAAUUUGAUGCCCGCCAACUACAGGAUCUCGAUGCCAUUGCGAAUGGAGGCAACGGUUGUGCUCGUGGUGGAGCAGGAUACAGUGUUGAAAGUGAAUACGAAUGGGGUGGUGGAGGCAUGAUGGGUUACAAAUACAGCAACAGUACUCGUGAGAUGGAGAAGAGUGAUACUCACACACCGUACGAGGGUGGAAAGGGAGAUGAUCAAGGACUGUUGAAUGAGUUACCUGGAGGUUUGGAGUGA